AUGUGCGGUCUUCCCAUGCGAGACGAGAGCUUGAAGCCGCCCCUCGUUGCAGGAGUUGGUUUUGCUCUUGCGCUUGUCUUUUUCAUCUUGCGUCUUUGCUCUGCUCUGCCUGGUUUUGGUCGAGAGCUUGGCUGGGAUGACUGGACGAUCAUUGCAUGUGUUAUUCUCACCGUUCCGCCGACUGUUUUUGCCUUUACUUUGGUUGACAAUGGCUUGGGCAAGGAUAUGUGGACUCUUCCUCUGAAGAAUAUUGAGAAUGUUCUUGAGUACUACUUUCUCGGCGAGCUGUUCUACUUCCUAGCACAGGCUAUGAACAAGCUGUCAAUCCUGUUCUUCUUGAACCGCAUCUUCCAGCAUAACAACCUCAGCAAAGCCAUUUGGGUCACUAUGGGUCUUGUUCUCGCUUAUGCUGCGGCUUUCUUCUUCGCCACAUUGUUCCAGUGUUGGCCUAUCAACCAUGCGUGGCUGCAGCUGGAAGAGAAGCAUCUCGGUCGUUGCAACAAUAUCCACCUUCAGGGUUGGCUAAGUGCUGCGUUCAACAUCGUGUUGGAUGUCAUCAUUCUUGUGCUUCCUCUGCACCAACUUUACCUUCUGCAAAUGCCUCUGAAAAAGAAGUUGAUGGUUAUGGUGGUGUUUUCUUUAGGAAUCUUCGUCACAAUUGCCAGUGUCAUUCGUCUUCGCACGUUGGUGGUUUUCGCCAACAGCACUAACAUCACCUACGAUUACGUGGAUGCCGCUUAUUGGAGUACCAUCGAGCUGUACGCCGGUAUCAUCACAGCAUCCCUUCCUGCUGUCUACAAGUUUCUUUCUGGACUCACAGCCAAGAAUGCUACAUUCACUACUAUCAAAUCGAAACUUUCGGGUGCAUCCUCAGGCUCAGGCGCAACAGACUCUACAGGCAAUACCUUGGGUUCAAAUGCUAUUGCUCGCCGGCUGACUCCAAAGCGCUCUGAAGCGGAAUUUGUACUGUUGACGGAUGUGGAAAGUGGCAAGAGUCAGAGGUGGAAUUAA